AUGAGCAAGAGCAGGAACGUACACGCGCACGAGAGGGUACCCACCCACUGGACCAUGAUCCCGACGACGGUCGAGGAGAUGAACACGGGCUCUGCGGGCAUCCUGACCUCGAAGACGAACCCGAGCCAUAGCGAGGUGGUGUGCGGCAUCAUGGCCGACAUCAUGUGCCUGAUCGAGAUCGGCAUGACGUACGAGAAGUCACUGGGAGACAGCUUCAACAUGAUCUGCCUGAACGUGGUGUCGGGGAGGGCACAUGGGCAUCAUCAAGGACACAUGUGCCUGAGCGAGCAGCUCUACCCGGUAGCCACCACGGUCCUGAUGGCGAACAGGCACAUAAACAUCGACUGGCCCAUCCGCAUCGCCAGGCUCACGACCACUAGGGCCGGGAGCAACGUGGUGAUCAUGACGAGCGUGUCUAUGGAGCCGAGCGACGCCCUGCAGAUGAUGAACAUCACGGGACUUAUUGGUGUCCAUCGUGGUGCCCAUGUCCAACCCCGUGAUUGA